CAAGGAAGCCUGUGGAACUUUGAAAUGCCAUGACGCAGAUUGGCUGGAUGGCGCGGGGUGUUCGGAAUUCCAAGCAACGAUAGGCUAAUCAGUCGUGUGCUGUUCCAAUUGAUGUUGUCCUACCUCGCCCGGGCUCUUUUUUCUGGCUGGGUCUGGUUAUGACCGUCCUUGAUUCCAGUGUUUGUAAGGGCAAUUUAUAACUCUCGUCUUCGCAAACGCUUGCUUCCUCGUCACCAACCUCCAUAAUGUCCUUCUUCAAGCGCAGCUCGUCCAAAGAACGUUCGGAAUCUCGCUGGUUCACCAAUUCGGACAGUGCCGCUUUCAAGCCUGUGCCAAACGAUGAAAUAGCAGAGUUCAAGGCUGAGGAAUCACAAGAGAGUGAUGAUUUAGAGAUGCUGUGGCCAACUGCUGCGGCAAGUAAGCCUCUCAUGGGGCCCAAAUUCAAAGUAGAUCCCCGAAUCAUAUCAGAUGCCAUUAUUGGCUUGUCCGAUGGCCUCACAGUGCCGUUUGCCCUCACAGCUGGCUUAUCGACGCUGGGCACGAGGACGGUGAUCUUUGCAGGCCUGGCCGAAUUGAUCGCGGGUGCCAUCUCAAUGGGUCUCGGUGGAUAUCUAGGUGCAGUGAGUGAGGGAGAAUCAUAUCAAGCCACUGUCGAACAGACACAAGCUCGCGUAGCAAAGAACCCAGAAAACGUCGCCGAGACAGUAUCCGAUAUCUUCAUCGCCUACGACGUCCCCACACCCCUCAUUGACAGUCUCGCCGUUCACCUCGCCCACUCCCCCAAGGUCGUUGAUUUCCUGAUGGCCUUCGAACACACACAGCCCGAGCCGCCAAGCUCGCGUGCAGUCACCUGCGCCAUCACCAUCGCCGCGUGCUACUUCGCAGGCGGCUUCCUACCUCUUCUACCGUACAUGUUUGUUGGCGAGGAUGAGGUCAUGAAAGGCCUGUUCUGGUCAAUUGGCGUCAUGAUCGUGGCGCUGUUUUUGUUUGGAUAUUCUAAAACGUGCUUUGUGAGCGGGUGGCGUGGAAAGCGUAAUGUGAUGAAGGGCCUAUGGGGAGCGGGACAGAUGGUGUUGGUGGGUAGCGCAGCAGCGGGAGCAGCGAUGGGUCUGGUGAGACUGUUUGAUAAGUUGAGCAGCUAGAUCAUCUUGUGUUUUUCAGGCGCAAAUUAUGGGAAUCGGUGGGGGGUGGGUUGGCAAGCAUGGCAUGCUUCGGAGUUAUCGGAUCGAUUUAAUGGGCGGGAUUUUCCAAACUGCUGUAAUCAGCCACACAUAUUUGAACUAGAAGCGCGCGUCGCAUUAUCUAUCGGUAUAAAAUGAUCAUGUGUUAUUUUGGUGACAAUUUAAGCCUUGUGGAGUAAUCCACUCCACCGCCAAGCAGGG